AUAUUUCCCAUUGGUUUCCCUCUUAUUGCUCACCAUCUGGAGUCACUACUUGUUUCUGCUCUAAUUUUUCGAGUUAUAAAUUAGCUUAAAACAGUCGCAGCAAUGGGAAUGGCAAUAUCUAGAUUGGUGAGGAUGCUUUUUGCAAAGAAAGAAAUGAGGAUAUUGAUGGUGGGACUUGAUGCUGCGGGCAAAACAACCAUCCUUUACAAGUUGAAACUUGGAGAGAUUGUUACUACCAUACCAACCAUUGGAUUCAACGUGGAAACUGUCGAGUACAAAAAUGUUAGCUUCACCGUCUGGGAUGUUGGAGGACAAGAUAAGAUACGACCCCUAUGGAGACACUACUUUCAGAACACUCAGGGCCUUAUUUUUGUGGUGGAUAGUAAUGACAAAGAACGAAUAACGGAAGCCAGAGACGAACUUCACAGGAUGCUAAGCGAGGAUGAACUACGUGAUGCAACCUUACUUGUCUUCGCCAACAAGCAAGAUCUUCCAAAUGCCAUGACCGUUUCUGAAAUCACUGAUAAACUUGGCUUGCAUUCACUUCGCCAACGCCGUUGGUACAUCCAGGCUACGUGUGCCACCUCUGGCCAAGGACUUUAUGAAGGCCUUGAUUGGCUCUCCAGCAAUAUCUCUAGCAAGGCAUAAUCCAGCCAGCUCCUCAUUCAACGUAGAAAGUUAUCUACUUCCAAAGAAAAACCUGAAAUAUAGGAAUGAAGGGCAUGUAACUCAGUUUUCAUUAUUCAGUAGAUUUUAAACCACUUUUAUGAUUAAGAAACCAUAAUAUAUAUGUGUGAUACAUCAUAAGAAAUGUUCAACGAUGGUUAGCUAAAGUAGAUUCAUGACUCUUAUUUUGUACUUUUAUCCAUAUAAAUAAAAAUAAGAAUACUUUAAGAGAA